CCAGCUCAAUUCGACUUUGUCUCUCGUCGCCUCGACAACGCAAUCGCGCCAAGCCAACCGCAGACGCUACAGACCGGCCGGCAAGUUGGGACGUCCAACUUUCGUCUCCACGAGGCCAUGUCGGCCCUAGCACUUGACGGCGGGACGGAGGCUCUGAAACUCAAAAACAAGAGAAUGCCUAAAGCCGAAGUCGGUUGUCAAGGUCUGAACUCUUUACGAACUCAUCUGCCGAGUCUCCGUCAGUUGCCAGGCCUUGGGCCACUCUACAACAGCCUACUACUUGCAGACUUUUCGCAACGUGUAGCUCAGUUGUCUGGGUAA